AUGGAGUUUCGGAUGCCAUCCUUUCUUGAGGCUUUGCUGCUUUUCUUCGGAGGUGAGUUAUCAAGCUGCACUACUGAGCAUCAGCACCGUGGCAAAGAGAUAAGAGCUUGCCUGUGUGCUUUGUAGAAAUUCUGUCACCAGCUUGGCCAGUCAAACUUGCCUUAGUCAAUCUGCUAUACAAAUUUAAUAAAUAAUAAUAAUAACAAUAAAUUCUAAGCUUCCAAUUAGCGACCUUCUUUACUGCCUCAUCAUGUAUUCAGUUGCAAUAGUAAAGAAUUUGUUGUUAACUAAAACAUGAAGUACCGUAUUUUUCGCCCUAUGGGGCGCACCUAGUUUUGGGGGGAGGGAAAUAAAGAAAAAAACUUUUCCCCCCAGGCGCGGGGCUGGGGCGGGGGAAGCCCAAGCUUCCCCCGACCCCAGUCCCCAGAACAGGCUGCUAUCCGCAAGCCUUGGGAGCCCGGUGGGAACUCCCGCGGGCUCCCAAGGCUUGCGGAUGCUCCUGAAGCCUGGAGACCAGAGGGUCGGUGCGCACCAACCCUCUUGCUCUCCAGGCUUCAGCGAAAGUCUGCAUUCGCCCCAUAGGAUGCACACACAUUUCCCCUUCAUUUUUGGAGGGGAAAAAGUGUGUCCUAUAGGGUGAAAAAUACGGUAAACCACUGCAAUUACUUUUGAAGCACAUGCAAUUAUGAUAUCAUACUAGAUCAAAUACUCUUUAAUAAGGAAAUACGCUGGCAUAUUCAAGGGAUGCUCAGUAUGUCUGAGUUUGCUGAAGCAUGUUUUUGUGACCAAUAGCAUACAGUGCAGUGGUACCUCGGGUUAAGUAAUUAAUUUGUUCCGGAGGUCCGUUCUUAACCUGAAACUGUUCUGAACCUGAAGACCACUUUAGCUAAUGGGGCCUCCCACUGCCACAGUGCCACCACAGCAUGAUUUCUGUUCUCAUCCUGAAGAAAAGUUCUUAACCCGAGGUACUAUUUCUGGGAUAGCGGAGUCUGUAACCUGAAGCGUAUGUAACCUGAAGCGUAGGUAACCCGAGGUACCACUGUAUGUGUUUUGCUUACUGCAGCCCAACAUAAAUAUUUUUCUUUUUUAAAAAUGUGAGCUGGGAAGAUUUCUGGCUGCUCUGGGUCCACCCCCUGCCCAGGGGAAAGAGCCAGAGAUCCUGCUGAGGCCUUAGUUCCACUAUGGAAUGGGGAGGCUUGUAAGGCCAUGGGCAUGAUUGUUCCUGAGUGCGUACUCCUGCACUGUGAAGUCUGUUUUGCCCCUUAGUAUACUGAGGAGCGGGAUGUGGGUGGUGCUGUGGGUUAAACCACAGAGCCUAGGACUUGCUGAUCAGAAGGUUGGCGGUUCGAAUCCCUGCGACGGGGUGAGCUCCCCUUGCUCGGUCCCUGCUCCUGCCAACCUAGCAGUUCGAAAGCAUGUCAAAGUGCAAGUAGAUAAAUAGGUACCACUCCGGCGGGAAGGUAAACGGCAUUUCCGUGUGCUGCUCUGGUUCACCAGAAGUGGCUUAGUCACGCUGGCCACAUGACCCAGAAGCUGUACACCGGCUCCUUCAGCCAGUAAAGUGAGAUGAGCACCGCAACCCCAGAGUCGGUCACGGCUGGACCUAAUGGUCAGGGGUCCCUUUACCUUUAUUCUGAGGAGCUGCAGUUGAUGAAAUGGACUGGGCAAGGACUGGACUAUGAGAGGCAUAUCUCACCCAGGAGCUGGCCAAGCAUGUGUUCAGGUUCCUAAUCAGGCCUGCCACGUGGCAGGGAGAGCCGCAAAGACAGUCAGUGUUGCUGCCUCCAUUGCAUCAAGGCUCUGUCCAGCAGGGCUUUGUUUUUUCAGAGGGAGGUAUGGAACACGCAGGAGUCUCUUUCAUAGGAAGAGAUCUUCACAAACCUUUCACGAUCUCCCAGUUCUGCUCAGUCUGCAUCCACAUGCUCCGAAAGGCUUUUACAAAUAGAUUAUUCUUUUAAGAAGAAAAGCGAUUUGCUGUACCAUUACAUAAUUCAUUGCAUAUGUCGUUUUUUUCCUUUUUAUAGUUACGUUGGCAAAGGUAACCAUGGAGCCAAAUGAAGGCAGCGUUGGCGGUGGAACCUGGAUCACACUGAGAUAUGAGGGUAGAUUCUGGGGCCCCUCAGAAACUGUUGGUGGUAUUUCUAGACAAAAAGGGGCAGUCAUAAGACUAGCUGCUCUUUGUGGCACCUCAACCCAAUUUUUAAAAGAAAAUGUUACUAGAUUAAUCAUGUGUGAUUUUGUCAACCAAUGGUAAUUUAUCAAUUAAUCUGUUGAUUAAAUUUGCAUGCGGGUGAAAACAAUAGUUUUAAAGCAAGAAGCACACUUUAAUUACUGCUCACGUGUGUCAGCCCACAUAAUCCUAGAGAAGAUAUUCUCUGCUAUGUGAGAGACAAUGGGAAAUACUGCAAACAAAGUAUUCUAAAUGCAAUUGCACUGUUGAUUCCUAAAAUGGCAUUAUUAUAUUGAUAAUUUUAUUUUCAGUCCCUUUCAUUAAUGAUUCCUAACUUGAAACCCACAGUUUCACAGCUGCCACAUUGUGGGUCAACAUCCUCAUUGAGCUGUCCAGCACAACCCCAAAUUCUCUUUCCUGGUCAGUAACUUCCACUUCAGAUCCUGUAAGUGAGAUUAUAUAUAUAUUUUUUGCCACAGAUUGUAUCAUUUUGCACUUGUGCACACCAAAUUGUGUUUGCCAUUUUAUGGCCAAUUUGCCCAGUUUGGAGAGAUCCUUUUGGAGCUCCUCAUGGUCUCUCUCUCUCUCUCUCUCUCUCUCUCUCUCUCUCUCUCUCUCAAAACUGCCUUGAACACCUUGAUAACAGCAAACUUGGCUAUUUCACUGCUCACCCCUAACUCCAGGUCAUUUAUGAGCAAGUUAAAAAGCACAUGCUCCAAUACAGAUCCUUAGGAGAAUCCACUUCUUAUAUCCUUCCAUUGUGAGAACUGGCCAUUUCCCCCCCUAUUCUCUGCUUCCUCCUCUUUCACCAUUAGUGAUGCACAAGAUGAUCUAUCCUCAUGUCCCAUGACAAGAGGCAAAUAAAAUUCAUUGUAAACGUAUGUAAAGUGAUCCACAUUGUGCCCCCAAAAAUAUUAAAUUCCCCUAUAUGUUCAUGGAGUUCAAACUGGCAGUGUCUGACCAGGAAUGAGACCAGCAGCUUGAUGAAAGGGUUGACCUGGUGUGCAGGAUCUGUGAAAAAGGCUAAUUCCAUGCAAAGGAUAAUUAGGGAAAAAACCUGAAAAUAAAACUGCCGAUAUCAUAAUGCCAUACUAAUCUAUGGUAUAACAGCACUUGGAGUACUGUUCACAGUUCUAGUUGCCUCUUCUCAAAAAUGAUAUUGUAAAUUGGAAAAGGCACAGAAUUUAUUAAGGGCUUGGAAGUGUCUGGAUUGUGAUAUAUGAUGGUGCUGUUAUGCACAAUGUCCUCUGUGCCCUGCACAUAUUGUCAGACAGGAGAUCAGUGUUUAUCCCGUUUCACCUUCUGUGCCUUAAAAUUUUGCUGUGUUUGCUUGUUGUUUGGUUGCCCACCAUUAGGCCUCUCAUAUCCCAUCAAUUGGUCUCACCUAGAAGUGUCGUUCUUGAAUUCAGUGCUGCCUACAGUACUGUGUGACAUUCAGCCUGUCAGUUUUGAUCUGUCCACCACAAAAUGCCAAACAAGGUAAGGAAGGUUCUUUGCAGUGCUAUUAUCGGGGGCAGAGCACAAUAGCAGAGAUCCAGAUUAGCCAAUCUGGAGCCAUCCAGAUACUGAACUGCAGGCCCCAUCAUCCCUGACCAUCUCCCUGGCUGGGUCUAAUGGGACUUGGCACCUAACAUCUGGAGGGCACCAUUUUGGCUACUCAGGAUAUAUGUAUAUGUCCUUCUGGUUAAAAUAUUUCCUGUGGUCCAAGAAGGGACAGUGGACUCAGACCAUCCCAAAACCAUGUUAGAGAAGCAUUCUGUUGAUAUAUGUGAGUUUACAAUGUGCUCUUGUAGGUUGUGGGAAUGGACCUACAUUCCUUACAUGCUUCAACCUUACUAGUGAAUGUAAUGAACAUAAAUUCAGGAAGUGUAUCUUAUUGCAACAAGCAAUGAGUCUCCUACAUGGAGGAAGGGAUCCAAACCCAACACGGAGGCAGGUUCUCAUCCACUGCUUCCUGCCCCUUUUAACGUGCCACCAACGAUUCAAACUGGGACCUUCUCAAAGCACGAAGAGAAAGUAAACAUUGUCCUAAGGCGACUGCUCCAUCAGGGCAAGCAAUGUGGCUUCCCAGACAGAAUGAUCCCUCUCCCACCCCCCGCAUGCUGCUCUGGGGGUUCUCCUGACAGCCCCCGACAGCCCCCAAUUUGAGGCAGCAGGAAGGGGAGAAGGCCCAUUGCACAAGCAGAAGUCCUUGCCCAGGGUUUUAUUUUUUAUAUAUUUAUUUACAGCAUACUUUUCAGAAUUUCUAAGCGGUGUACGUAAAAAUGUAACCCCCCCCCAAUGACUUGUAGAGGAUAAAAACAAUAAAAAUUCACCAUGAAAACAGAAAACUACACCACUAGAGCUAGACUGACACCAGUAAGGACAGACAUAUUAUAGGGCCUGUGGGAUUACUUGCCAUAUGUCCUCUUUUUCCAGGACACAUCCUCUUUUUCAUGUGUAGAGUCAUAGCGAUCCAUAGUUACAAGUAGAAGUCAGCAAAUGUCCUUUUUUUUUGCUCUUCAAAAUAUGGCAACCCUGGAUGGUCUUGCUAUGGUGUUAACAUUUUUCCUGCUCUUUUGUUAUGCUUUAACUCCACUUCUUGGUUUUUUUUCUUUUCAUGUGAUAUUUCUCCGUUUUUAAUUAUUUUCAGUUGCAGUCCUUCUGAAGAUAUACCAUAGGAUUGUACUGUUCAUUUUCUAUAUAUCUAUACUGUUGUCAGCUACCAUGAGCACGUUUCAAGGAUAGAAUAUCUGUCUGUCUGUCUAUAUCUAUAAAACCUCAGUGCUUUUUUGUGUGACCAUACUCACUGAUAUCAGCACCUUUCCCCCCCCCCUUCUUUUGCUGCCAUUUUGUCCUGGCACCCUUAGCACAUUAAGAUAAGAGUACCAGCAUUUCAUUUUUUACUCAAAAAGUCCUGAAUAAACUUGUUCUUCAGGGCUUAUUGCAAGCCUCUUGGCACCAGCCUUUGCUUGAAACACCAGCUUUAAAUACAGUGGUACCUCGGGUUAAGUACUUAAUUCAUUCCGGAGGUCCGUACUUAACCUGAAACUGUUCUUAAUGUGAAGCACCACUUUAGCCUAUGGGGCCUCCUGCUGCCACCGUGCCGCAGGAGCACGAUUUCUGUUCUCAUCCUGAAACAAAGUUUUUAACCUGAAGCACUAUUUCUGGGUUAGCGGAGUCUGUAACCUGAAGCGUAUGUAACCUGAAGCGUAUGAAACCCGAGGUACCACUGUACUGGUCUUGUUACCGCUCAGUAACAAAUACUUCGUUACCUCUCAGUUUUUAAUUAAGCAAAAGUCAUUGUCUUUCCGUUUAAAGAACAUUUCAAGUCUAAUUAGAUCUUCAAAAUGCUUGACACGCUAGUGUAGCUGUUAUAUUAGAAAGAUACACCAACAAGAGUCAUGUACCCCCUAUUCCCUGCUUUUAUGGCUUGGUUGCGAAUUUAUUAAUUUUUAUCAGACAGGGACUUUAAUAGGAAAAGUAUAUGUGGAAGAGAAAAGUUAUAAGAAAUGUAGGAUUAGUUUAUAUUCCAGACCAUAACAAGGAUUUCACCAAGUGCCAAGCAGGAAAUCAGAAUUUAAAAUGUUAACGACAAUGAUUAACAAGUGUGGCGCAUACCUGUGCCCUGAAGAGAAAGAGAGAAAAAAGCUUAAGUUUAAAGACUGGGUUUCUGGAUAAUUAUUACUAAGUUAAAACUUUGACCCGCUGCACUUGGGUGGCAAUUUGCAGCUGUCUCCUGCACUAUUCUUCCCCACUCCCAACCCUCCAGUAAAAAUAUCCCACCACUGUUUUUCUGGGAGAGCAGUUUUUCUUUUAAGUCACAUAAUGAGCAGCAAUCCAGAAGGUGAAGAUUUUCGUGUUACUGUACAUCUAUUGAGGAAAAGCUUUACCUGUUCAGUGACUACAUGCCAUUAACUGCGAAAGACACAGCCCUAUUUCUAAAAAAAAGGUGGCAACCCUAUAUCACCACCUGAAUUUGCAAAGUGGUGGCGGUGGAGUUAACUGAACUUUAUGUAAGUUUAGAAAGUCCUGGUUGCGUGUCGAGGUCCCCAGGUCCACCCCAAUAACUCACACAUCACACAGAAGUUUUUGUUUAAGAUUUUUGGCAUAAUUUUGGCCACAACUUUAUUAAAAUACAAAUUUGUGAGUGGUUGCAUAGGCAUUGGUUGCGACUAUCUGCCCCCACCAUGGGGGACAGACUGACAUUCUGCACGAUGUGAAAGUCAGAAUGGGGGAGUACACUUGGGGGUUACGUGGAGCAGGGAACCUGCCCUCACCCCAAAUGCAACCAGGAGCUCAUUGCUAUGGCCCGAGCCCCCUUGACAGAGUGGACAAGCAAUAGUUAGCUCCCAAUUCCUUUAGCGGAAUCCCUUGCAGCAGCAGCACUAGAGGGGCAGGCACAGCCAAUCCAUGCCCCUCAACCAACCAAACCAUAAACCAAUGCCUAACCGCGAACCUUACAAGUUGUGACGAUUUGCUACGCAGUAGGCAAAAACCAAAUGGCCACAGCCAAUCAGCCAGAUGGACAAAAUUCCUACCAGGCCCCCGCUCCAAAGCAGACGACCCCAUGACAGGCAUAGCAAGGUCAAAGCGAACAACCCUAUUCUAGGGAGGGAGGGACGGGCAAUCCGAUGCACGGGCGAAAAGAGGAAGCCCUAGCCUCGUGCAAGGAGUUUUACUAUUUCUGGCUGUCAAUCAAUAAAUGGCAACAUUAACUUCUUCCCAACAACAAGGGAAGCCCCAAUCGCAUCAGUGGCCAACGAUCAAUUAGCCCGCCCCCCAACUUUGGAGUGUCCUGGCGGCCCCCACCGCGACACGUGCUCUCCAUGAAGGAGAACACGCUUUCUCAGAUGGCAUAAAAUAGAAGUUACCUUAACAGACCUAGUCCUAUUCUGCAAUCCCCUCCUGCAACCCUCACCCCCAGCAGAGGAUCAGGCUCUAUUAGCUUUCCUAGGUUCUCCCCACAGACUAUAUAAUUAUCAGUGAAGCACCCGGGAGAUGAGGCAGCCAUGUUUUCUUCUCCAUGGUCUUCUCCUUCCAGGCCUUCCUUCUCUGCUCUUCUGAACCCAUUUUUUGUGUGUGUUUUUCUCCUACAGAAGACGCUGGGGAGUUAAUGACAAGAUGGGUGGGAACUGGGUGGGAGAAAUCAUGGCUGCCUCGUUUCUUUCUUCAGAUUCAAUAUUAAGCUUUACAUUUUAGUAAGGUGGACUCCAGUCCCUCUCAUGCUGCUUGCUAGCUAUCCUUUGCUCUUAUUAUUUCCAUUGAAGGGCUUCGCAGUGGGGAGGACUUUACCAACUCCAGUUCACUCUGAAUGGGCAAAUUAUCAACAACACGAAAGAGUUGCACUGUGACAACUGCAUAUUUCAGGUAUGUAUUCAAGCGGGUGGACGCGUGAUUAGGAGCAAUCCAGUAGCCAGGCCAUAGGACAUGGGCCAUUAAUACAUUGUUAGAAAUAAUGAUUUUAAUGCAGUGUAGAAUUUAGACAUUUAGAGCUAGCUCUGAGCCAGGGCUAGCUCAUCCUUGCAUUUAUGAGGUGCCCAGGCUCAAUGGCACAUUGAACGUACCCUUUAUCUCCUUGACUACCUAAGCUUUGUAGUACAAGUGAUGGUGCAAAGCAUGAGGCAUUGGCAAGCACGGCAGAGGAAGAAAACCUUGGCAUACACUGGAUAUAACCUUGUGAAUAGGAGUGGAACUUGCUCUCAUGGACUGGAAUGAAUAAAGGGUGCAGGAGGAGGCGAACGCUUAAUCUGUACCCAGUUCAUUCUCAUACAGCCUAUGCAAUCACACUCUUCUUGUGUGGUGAGUUCCCGACCCCCCCAGGUAGAAAUAAUGACACAAUUAUUAAGGUUAAUGGGCUAAAAAAGGCCACAACUUUAUUGGUUACAGGUGAUGAGCAGUAUUGGCUUAGGCAAUGGACCUAACCGACUAUAUCUGACUCCAGCCCAUCUGCUUGAAGUCUGGGAAGGGUUAACCACCAGUAGGGGGAGUCCUGCUGAUGCACAUCAACUAGGAGCUCCCCCGGGGUCACCAAUAGGGGUUGUGCCUUAGGCCCUAACCUCCCCAGGCUUCGGACAGGGCCACGCCCCCUGGAAUCCUUUAACGGACUACCCUUCAAUAUGCGGGGCAGGUGAUGGCGCUACCUCCCCUCUUUCCAUUGCCUAACAGAACUAUUCCAAUGCCAAUACUCAGAAAGUUGUGACGAUUUUGCUACAAGGUAGGUGAAAACCAAGUGGCUGGUGCCAAUUUGCCAAGUGAAAAAAUUCCUACCAGGCCCCUCAAUGGCGACCAACUGAGGUCCAUAGCAAGGUCAAAGAAAGAAAACCUUAGAGGGCGGGAGGGUGGUAAACCAGAGCAGCUGGCGGGUGGACAAAGAGGGAGAUCCCUGGCUGCGUCCUGCCUUUAUGGGGCAGGCCACACCCCCGGAGCAACCCGAUUGGCCAGUAGGGGGUGAUGCAGCCGGGAAUCCCCCAAUUGCGCGGGGCUGGCCCCCCAACUCCUGCGCACGUGGAGGGGCCGUGAAGCCCACAACCCCACCUCCUCCUUAUACGAAAGUGGCUUUACUUGACAAUUCAUUUAGCCCCGGUGAGAACAAAAGUAUCUUUUUGAUACUCCUCCAUGUCGAUAUGUUUGUUGGCGUGUAACAUGUGAUUAGGGCCGCAUGCAGGCUUAGUGACAGCCGGGACUUAUUUUCAAUGGAACUUUAACUCGGGAGCAUACACUUCUGAGCAUUUGCCAUGGCACAACCACAACAUUCGUAAGACCAGUCAAAGAUGCCCAGAGCACCCAUCUCUUGUGGUUUCAUCAGACUGAAACAGGCAACCAGUCUUACUACAUAUCUGGACGUGAAUUAUAAAAUCGCCCCUGCUGCUUGCUAAGUUGAUACAAAUGACCUCAAUUCCCUGGGACAAGAGCAGUUUGCUUGUCUCUAUGUUCUCUGUGGGUCAUCCUGCCAAGAGCUACUGAAGAUUUCUCUGUACUUGCGGUAGUGCUGUGUGGAAUAAUAUUUGGUAAACUGGCUGUGCAUAUGAGCUUUCUGUCACUGCAACAUCAGCAUGAAUGGCACUAAGGCUGGUGAGAUAUGUGUGGUUUGGGAAUAGAGAAUAAGCUUGCCUUUUGCUCACUGAGCUCACUCAGCUGUCUCUGCUUGCCAAUGAGCCAGAACUUUUACCAUGUCGUGUACAAGUGCAACCAAGGGUUUUCUGCGGCAUCGAGCAUGAGGAGUCCCAUGUUUCAGCAAAUUGCACAUUAAAGCUAAGGUGUUGUUUGGGAGUUCAGCUAGCUUAGAGAGCUGAUGAAAAACCACCAGGGGAUGCAGUUAAUGAGACACAUUCCAAGCGAAAUAAAACACACACUGCCUCUUUGUUUGGGGGCACGAGAACCUGUGAGCCAUGCACAUUAAAAAUUAAUUUUCUCUCUCUGUGGUAGUUGUAAAAACGUAGACAGCUGCUGGCUGUGACAGGUUUGGAGAAACCUGCGGAAGGUAUUCCAAGCAGCUGGCGGCCACUGUCUUCCUCUCCUCACGCUUCCUCCUCUGCUUCCCCACAGCUUUUGCCCAGUAGCGCAGUCAGAGGCUGACCUCAUGUCUCUGAUGAUCAGCAUGAAGAGGAGAAGAUUCAUUAAGUAUUCCGAUUGCUUCACCUUCCUCUUAGCGGGAGAAGUGCAAGGGGCAGAGUCUGUAAAGGAAGGCAGUUCUGUUGUGCUAGAUCAUGGAAGCUUACGGAAAGCCUGCUUUUCAAUUCUUAUUUGUAAAGAAUCUCGCAACUGUUUGUGUCAUCCCUUUGUAUCUAGAAUGAUAGAAUUCUAGAGCUGGAAGGGACCCAGGGGUCAUCUAGUCCAAGGCCCUGUAAUGCAGGAAUCUCGGCUAAAGCGACCAUGGCAGAGGGCUAUCCAACUUCUGCUUCAAAACCUCCAAGGAGUGAGAGUCCACAAGCCAUUGCUUUCAUGUUGUCAGUGUAGAGAUGCCACCAGCUACAUUUGGUAUAAUGCUAAACUAUGGUUUAGCGCUAUGUGCAUGAGUUGCAGUGAACCAAAAUGAAACUUCAGUCUCAUUCUCUCUCUCUGCCACUCUUCCUCUUGUGAAACCUGUAGCCUUCACAGAAUCUCUGUUUAGUGUGGUGAAUGAACCAGAGAUCAAGCUAUAAAACAAACUCUGGUCAGUUUCACAGCAAACCUUCUUAAAUCCAUGGGUUAUGAAGUUGGUUUGUUUCACCAACAAGUGUGCGUUUUAAACCAGUCUUUCCCUACCUUAUUCUGACCAUGGCCCGUUUCCGACCUUGUUUCCUUCCUGUGCCCCCUCAUGGGCAUAGCCAAGGGAGGCAGGGGACAGCUGCCCCCCCCCAAAUAAAAAUCAAUGCAAAUUCUGCCCCCCCUUAACAAAAUCCUGGCUACACCUAUGCCCCCUCCUGUCCUAUUUAUAAUUUUUAUAAAUUAUGCAAACUACAAUUACAUAAAAUCAUAGGAACACAAUGAAAUAUUGCUGAAGCAGCAAAACGUAGAAUCAAAAUCAAUGCAAAUUCUGCCCCCCUUAACAAAAAUCCUGGCUACGCCUAUGCCCCCUCCUGUCCUACUGGUAGAAAUGUUUUCUUAGUAAAUAGAAUAAGUUUUAUUUAUAAUUUUUAUAAAUUAUACAAAAUACAAUUACAUAAAAUGAUAGGAACAUAAUGAAAUAUUGUUGAAGCAGCAGAACGUAGAAUCAUCUUCCUAGUGCAAACCCCUGCUGUGUAGGAAACUUUGCCAAAGCAUCCAUGACAGAUGGCCACUCAACCUCUGCUUAGAAGCCUCCAAAGGAGAGUCCAGAACCUCCUGAGGAAGAUUCAUCUUCCAUAGUAAAAAGUAAGCAACACUUACUUGACCCCAGUGAUUUGACACAGAGGAGGAAACCUACAGAUACAGUCCAAAAGGCACACAAGGAGUUCUGUAUAUAUGGGAGAAUUUUAAAAAGCAAGUUGUCCUCACUGAUCUGGUGCAAAAAGAUUUUGUUAUCCGGAGGAGCCCUGGCUGCCUAGAUGAAACACUAUAGCCCCCUGCACCCUUACGUAGGAGUAAGGCCCACUGAAUUCAGUGCAACUUUCUUCUGAGUAGACAGUUAUUUACUAGAUGCAAGUCAGCAGCACCAGACGCCCCCACUCGGCUAGGCGCUGGGGUGGACUUCACCUCGCAACUUGCAGAGCUAGGUCGACACUGCCGGCAGGCCCUGUGCCCCUUGACAACAUCCAAAGGGCCUGAUCCGCUAGGCGCUGGGGUGGAUUGCACGCUGCGCCUUGCAGAGUCAGGCCCAGGCUGCCACCAGACCCAGCACUGGCAGCAUCAACAAGCAGCUCCGCCUCACCCAGCCCUACCCAUUGCCACCCUACCACUGCACUUGACUGACCUGGGGGCAGAGACGACCCUUGGUGGAAUCUACACACAUAUAAAAAAUUCUGUGGGAAAAAAAAAACUUUAAAAAAAGUUUUGAAAAAUACAUUGAAUUUUGCAUAACUCACUUUCGCCAUCUAGUGUCACAUUUGUAUAUUGCACUUUACAACACAUUUAAAACGUUUUAUUUGCAACUCUGUAGUUAGAGAAGGGUUAUUUUAAUCAAGUGACUAACUCCUGAAAUCAUCAUCUACGCUGUUCAGCUACAAACAGCAUUUUCUAUACACCACUGAUAGACAUCAGUCUUUCCAGUAUCUUUGCAGGUUAACUUUAGGAACAAAAAUAAUAAAAAUGCUAAAUAUUAAAAUGCCAUUUGUAUUUGGAAUGGAUGAGGAUGGGUGAUGGACAGGGGAUGAAGGAACCUGCAGGAGAGGCGGGCCAGAGAUGUUUUCUCAGGGUGUGAGGCUGAGGGAAAAGGGGGAAGGUUGGAGCUGGGAGGGUUCAGUCUUCUGUGUGUGGAAUAAGGAUCAAGGUAUAGUGAUAGAGGGCUUAAUAUUAUAUAUACACAUUGGGUUUUUUUCAUUCUUCCUUUGUUUUCUAUUAUUCUUUUCUUUCUUUUUUAUUUUAGAUUAGUUGGGUUUUUAUUGUAUCUUAUGUUGAAAACUCUCAAUAAAAAUUGUUAUAAAAGAAACUCUCAAUAAAAAUUGUUAUAAAAGAAAGCCUGAAAAUGAACUGAAUGCAGUUACGGAUAUUAGAGGUAAAUUAAGGCUCCAAUUACAAGUGGCCUUCCAAAAUAAUUUUACCAUUCUCCACACCACAGAAAGGCCGUAUUGCUAAUGGUAUCAGUAAUAUACAUUAAAAGUGACUACUGGGUUUGUGGAGAGGAAAUUGCCUAUAAUCCAGCUGGCAAAAAAAUGUCAGGUGUCUGAGAAAGCAAAGAGGAGGGGCAAUUAAAAGCCGAAAUGUGUUCUGGUCGUGCCAUGGCUCCUUCACUGGCUUCUUCCCAGAGGAUUUGUGGGAACGAAUGUCACUUAUAACAUUUAACAAACAGGUCACUGAUACAUAUUUCAAGAAUAAUUUAUUAUAAUUGUGGACCAUAGAUAAUUGAAAAACAGGAGAUGAAUAUAUUGGAUAUUUGAGAAAGGUGAGAAUAUUUGAAUUGCUUUUAAUACCAGUAAGUAUCAGAAUGCAAAGUGACUGGAUGAAGUUAGGUUUGGGAAAGAGACAGGAUUUUAUUCACUAACCAAAAAUUCAUUCAAAAUAUUCAAAACUAGAAAAAUAUCUAAUGUCUAAACGAUGUGGCACUGAAAAAGCAGCCUGAAAAAAUGUUAGGAUUGUACAGUAUUUUGCAGAAUUCCUUAGGGCAGGCUUCAGCAACUGCGGCGCUCCAGAUGUCUGCAACUCCCAUGAUCCCUAGCUAGCAGGACCAGUGGUCAGGGAUGAUGGGAAUUGUAGUCUCAAAACAUCUGGAGGGCCAAGGUUGAGGAAUCCUGUCUUAGGGUAUCAAAUCAGGCUCCACCCCUCACCAGCUGGCUGCCUUGGUAGCCAAUCAGAGAAAGGCCACAGCCCUCUGGUGGAAUUCUGAGGCACUGCAUCACCAGACUCUGGUCUGGCUCAGCAAUCCGUAAUAAAUUAGCUUAAUACAUGGGUAGGCAAACUAAGGCCUGGGGGCUGGAUCCGGCCCAAACGGCGUCUAAAUCUGCCCUGUGGACGGUCUGGGAAUCAGCAUGUUUUUACAUGAGUAGAAUGUGUCCUUUUAUUUAAAAUACAUCUCUGGGUUAUUUGUGGGUGUGGCGAUCACACAGGGCCCCCGGAUGUUUGACGGGCUCUUGAACCUGUGCCACCAUUGAGAUUGCUUUCUUCGCUGCCACCACCCCGUUUCUCACGGGGACACACGGAGUCCAGACAGAUGUUAACAUUAACAAAUAAUCAAGUUUAUUUUUAAAUGCAGGAACAAGCUUAUGGUUUCAGUUAAUUUUUCUUGGCAGUUUCUUAAUCUUAGUUUCUUACUGACCUAUCUGUUCUUAACAACUUUAAUCUGAUUAUUCCAACUAUCUAUCUAACUCCACCUGACAAUUCCUCUCACUCUCUCACAAUACAACUCGACCAACCCACUGCCUAUUCCUCCCUCUUCCUUCUCCAAUUCCCAAACCUCAACUGACUUUCAGAACCUCCCACUCUAAUUUUUACUCCUCCCUUGCAUUCUCACUGGCCAAUCACAUCACACUCCUUUAACCCUUUCCUUAUGACCCACCUAGGAGGCAAACGCCACAGUGGGGCAUAGGAAUUCGUUCAUUAUUUUUUUCCAAAAUAUAGUCUGGCCCCCCACAAGGUCUGAGGGACAUUGGACCGGCCCUCUGCUGAAAAAGUUUGCUGACCCCUGGCUUAAUACUUAAUUCUGUGAUUUUUCUGCCCUUCUUCAAAAAUGGCAGAGUACAGACAACCAUCAACAUAAGUGGAGUAUUCCUACUACAUGGCAAGAGUACGCUGAUGUCUCUCUCUCCAAAACUGUGAAUGAAACAAUAGUUUUGUGAAAGGCAAUGUAAUAUAAUAUAUAUUCUUUUCUUAACAGUUCUCUGUUGCACACACUCCUGUGGUGUAUCGUGUGGACCCCCCCUAUGGAGUCCCAGGUAAAGGAUGGACCUUAACGUGGAGACCGCAUGUCUUUAUUUAUACAAUUGAUGGGGAAAACAACUUAUUUAUGAUUUACUUGUCAAGAGCUUUUAAGAGUCUUCCUUCUCUUUGGAUGGUCUACAUUCCCAGGCUGAUGAGUCCUAUACACAAAAAGGAGCAUAAGAUAAGGGAAUAUGGCAGAUACCAGAAAGAACAAUGAACAGUGUUUUCCUGUAUCUUAUUUCAGGCUAUUAUUACGAUUUUCUGACCUUCCGAUCCCCAUUAUUUUUAAAAUUCGCAUAAGCCUACAUGCUAUAUCCUCAAUUGUGUUUCCAAGCUAUUUCGAAGUCAUUAACAUUAGUUAGGCUCAUUACAGCAAUUAAGGCAAUAAUAUUAAGAAGCAGUUUAGGUUAAUAUUAUAAUGCUGCAACCCUGAGUUAACUUUAAAAUUAUAUAUAAUGUUAUAAUGCUGACCUGAAAUAAGAUACAGGAUAAUGCUGACUAAUGUAUUGACCUCUUUUGUUUUAAUGUUAACAAAUACCACAUAAAAAUAGUACAAUUUUGACUCCUCUUAACACCAGCCAUGGAGAAUUUGUUAUCUAUGUAUUAUUAAUUAUGAUUCUUGCUUAUAAUUUUUAGAUUUGUAAUACUUACAGAGGGCAUCUUCUACUGCACUGAAGAAAUCAAGGCAGUAAAACCCAACUCCCCAUCUUCCUCUACACAGAUUUUCAUUUUGCCUUUUAAAUAAUUCCCCCACCCCCAUCCUUAUCCUGUUAGGAAAUGUAAUGCAAGUCUAUGGUCUUAUCCUGGCCCAAGAAUUUGAUGCCUACAGCUUUAACACAGAUUUUAUUGAUGGGUAAGUGUGUUUAUUGCUUCCUUCAGUUCCUCUGUGCAACUCGAUAUAGGGUUAUUCCCUUUGCAUUUCCAGGAUGGGGAACUGUAGCCCUCCAGUUGCUGGACUCUAACAUGCCCAGCCCCAGCCAGAAUGGCCAAUGGUCAGCCAUGGUGGGAGAUGCACUCCAAGAACAUGAGCAGCCCCACAGGCCCCGCACCCCAACCAGUGUUGGAUGUAGGGUGGUGUGAAUGGAUCCUCUGCACAGGGCACUGAGCCAAGGAAGCUCAAAAUUGAGAAGACCCAAAAUUGAGAAGAUCCAUUUGGGGUUGCCAUAUUACGAAAGAUUUCCAAAGCCUGCCCCUGUCCCAACCCUGGCUAUAAUUAAAUAAUACAUUUGGAUUGUUACUGUGCAUGGGGGAGAGAAAUGUAUUGUGGACUUGCAUUAUUAUGGGUUGCCUUGAACUAACAUUGCUUCUUCCCUCUCUCUGCCCCAGCCCUGUUAUCCUCGAGGCAGAAAGAGAUGGAUGGAUAACCAUUUGUUCCCUUGCCAAUAAGCAGAUGCGCAGCAUGUAAGUUGCUCCUCACAGCUUUGAUUCCAAUGCUUUUUUGCUGUGAGGAUUCACAAAGCUUAUAAUGGUGCAGGAUAUUUGGGGCUCCUAUAAAUUAGGGAAGGCACACUAAUAGUUUUGAUGCCAAUGAAAUAUAAUCUCUGUCCUUCCAUCCCUACCCUCAGCUACAAAAUUGGUCCAAAUGAUUAUUUCUAUAUACAAGCAGUUUUCUGUCUGAAUUCAUGGAUGCAAAUUUGUGUGUGUGAUACCCUUUUUGUGCAUUCACCCUUCGUUUUCUCACAUGUACCUUCAUUUAAAUAUGUGUGUGAGUGCUUGCUUAUAUGUGUGCAAGACCAGCACCAGAGUCAAGGGCCCCCACUACCUGACUCAUGCUCUUCCCAUGCAGCCAUUCAUUGUGGCCACACAGUAUUUUUCUUUUCUUUUCUGCUGCUGCCAUGGUGACAGCAAGAAUAUCAGCCAGUCUGUGGCAGCUGGUAGCCCCUGGGCUUGGUGGGGCAGCCUGUGUCCAAGGGGGACAAUAAAGUCUCUCGUGUGGGACCAAGAAGGUCACGUGGGAGGGGCCGAGUUGUUCUGCCCCCAUCCUCCUGCCUUACAAAGGUGUGGAUGCAAGAGCAUGGCAGCCGGGGAAGUACUGAAUGCCUAACUAAAUGGAGAAGUGCCUAUCCUUGGUUUAGAAGGGGUCCCUGCUGUCACAAUUUGUAGUGUUGGAUUAGUGUCACAGUAACUCUGUUACUGCCACGGUUGCAGUUGCCUCCAGAAUAGACCACUGAGAAGGUAGAAAGUGAAAGCAGAUUAGGAAGUCGAAAUCAUUGUUUAGCUGUGCAGUUAGAAACUCAAAGCAUGGUUUGGGUUCUGAAUGAUGGUUCCUGUGAACUCUGCUUUGGUUGUAGUAUCUGAGUAUAUGUAUGUCCUUGAGAGGAGUGAGGUUGUUAGUGGUAUCGCAUCAUGCAAUAAUUCAAACACAAUGAGGUCAAUCGAUCAAGCCCUCUCCUGCUGCUUUUUGAUGUAAAGACCUUUGUUUUGAAACAAGAAGACAGUGAAGCUGGCCUGUUAGGUAUUUUAAUGAAUCAUUAUUUAAAAGUUCCAAGGCUAGGCUGUGACUUUUCUGGCUUUAAAACAAAAGAAAACAGGUCCAGUAUUAACUUUAUUAUACAAUUUAAAAGUUUUUUUUCUAGUUAUGCCCUCUGGCAGAAUAACUUAGAGCUGAUUCAGUGCCCAUAUUUGGACUCCCUGUCCCUAUUCAAGGUGACUUCCACCCCUCCCAAUUUCAUGGGUGGAUGAUCCAAGUCUGAGAUGCAGUAAUCUCAGUUCUUCAUUAGAGGCCCAGUUCCUGAGCUGCUGCAAAUGCUUCUAAAACACACAAAAAAUGGACAGAUAGUUCUCCCAGUUGUUGUCUUUAUUAGAUUUAAAGCAGGUGAAUCAAUAUUUGUUGUCAGAGUUCAUGUGCUGAAGCUACGUUGUGUCCCUAGACUACAUGUUUAUAUUUAAAGCAUUUUGAUGGGGAGCACUAAAAAUCAAAAAUAUACUGUGGCCUUUAGAACCUAAGGAAUGUACAUUCAUUCACAAAAUAGUAUUUGUUUCUCGAUAUCCUAUUACCACUGCAUGGGGACAAAUUGGAGAGUGGGACACAAAAUUAACAGGGCAGCCAAAACUAAAUUUCUCAGUGCAUGCUCAGACAUCACUUGCUGAGCAUUUGAUGUGAUGGGUUUGGAUGUGGCAGAACACAUUCAGUCCUUUGCUGUCUUUGAAGUAAAUGAACAGUACUCAGCUCAGCUUCACAUAAUAUGUUCUAUCUCCUUUCCUUUGCCUCUAUUGCAUCUUCAUGGUUCAUUGUAUUUUAUCUUCCUUUGUUUGCAGAUAUCCCAUUCAAGUCGAUCACGGUCUGGGAACUGUAGCAUGCCGAGUGGAAGGGAACCAUAUUGGUCAGUGGAAAGCAGGGAAAUAACAUGCAAUCUUGAUUUUAUUCAGUAACAUAAAAAUCAAGAGGGCUAAUAUAAAAAAGGCUACUGUUGGGGUUAUGGGCCGUAUGGCCAUUCUCUUUUCGAAAAGGGGAGAGCUGUUUACAAAUUACUUUUCUCUUUGUUCUUGCUACUUGGGGCAUUUUUCCCCAGCUCACACUUUUGGCAACCAUGAUAGACCAACUGUAAGCAACAAGUGUAUCACAGUGAAUGCCUUGCUGAAGCCAUAGAGAACAGGCACUCCUAGCAAGAGUUGUUCCUCCCAAGAAGCACGAGGUGUGGUUUGGGGGGGGUGGGGAAUGGAGAAGAAACAGCAGCUUGUCAGGUGUCUGAUGAUGUUUCUGAACUGGGUGCAAAAGACAUGGGCAUUUCAGAGCAAGUGAGGCACGUUAGUUAACUCUGUAUGUACAUGAAAUGAUUCACAUUCUUGCAUUGAGAUGUGUGCUUUUUCUCUUCUUACAGGGUCACAUAAUGUUAGCUUUACGGUGUUUAACAAAGGAAAGUAAGUAAGGGAUAAGUUGUUUUUUUUAAAAAAAUGGCUAAUUUUAUAGUUAUGUUGUGUUUCUGAAUGCCUUAUUUUUCAUUUAAAUACUAUUUAAAUACACAUAUAGCUUCUGCUUUGGAAAGUGGUUGUAUUCAGAAGAUGGCAUUCAAGGUGUCAGUGAUGUUUCCUGUGUCUGGGUCUGAAAAUAUGCUCUGAGAGCUUGUUGAUGCUCACCUCAAGGUACAGAUGAGCACUAGAAAGUCCCAAAUUGUACCUGGCUUUUCCCACCCAGCCCCCGAAUGGCAAGUGGAGGAGAACUAACAAUUCAUCACUGAGGAGGUGGGACAAGAGCUUCUUUUCCACAGGUGGACUGGUGCUUCUUCCCUAUGAGAUGUUUGGGGAGCUGCAAUGUCAUUAAAUCUUCCCACUGAAAUCCCUGGAAAACAGUGUAUCCAUUCAUUUCAACAGGAAGAUUUAAAGAUGCUAAAAUUCUAAAAUCAGCUGGUAGGAGGCAAACAGUCACCUGUCUUUGAAAACUUGCACCAACGUCUUUCAAAGCUGUAGCCAACCUCUAGCUGCAAAGAUGCCUUUUGAAGUUCAGGGGCAUCCCUUCCAGGGGACACAUUGGGCUGUGCAGGGCUUGGCUGCAAAGUCUUCAGCAGCCAAAUAUAAUUUAAUGCCUCAAUCUCCCUCACUGCAAAGAGCUAGCUGUGCACAGGUGGGAGGGUUUUUUUUCCUGGACUUGUGAGAGUAGCCUUUGAAAGCCAGAAAUGGUGUCAAUGGUGUCCUGCGUUUUCCUGAUCCCUGGGUUGUCACUGAUUUUGCAUGGCCAGGAGAGUCCCGUGUUGUGGCUGCAUGGAAUUGCCAUCUGUACAUGGUUGGGAUGCUAUGUUCUGAUCUCUCUCUCUCUCUCUGUGUGGUGGGGAUGGCUCAGUCAUGGUGGGAAUCACUCAGCUUGUAUAUGAGCCAGUCUUAACAUGAGUCACAGGUGGCUUGCCCCUUUCUAGUUGGUUUCAGCUUGGUGGAUUCUGGAACCAUAUCAAGACAGAAAUCCACUAUUUUAUUUUUCAUCUGGAGUUUCAGCAAGAUCAAUUUUUGGAAGGGGGAGCAAGGAGAACAAAUUAUUUUAACACAUACAUUGAGUAUAAGCUCAAUUUUAGCAGUGUAAGCUUAAAGACAAGUCUCACCUAGUUGAUCUUCCAGCAGAUUCUAUCUCAUCAGGAAGUCCGUUCCAUAGGAUGUAGGAAUUGGACUUAUAGUGUGGUGGCACAUAACCUCCCAUUUUGUAUCAUGUAGACACUGCCACAAUUGCCUUUUUGUCACCUAUGGAAGACCUUUUCCAACAAUCCUUCAAAGGCGAGAUUUUUGCCUCAGUGUUAUAUAUAGUCUAGCGUUGAUGCUCUUAUUGUUAAAUAGCUUCAGGAUAUUUCAUGGGAAGCAAUUCAUGAGUGAAUGAAUGAAUAACCAAGUUUGCCCUCUGGAGGUCAAUAAUGCAGCAGAUUCCCAUGACAUAUGGGGUGAGUGAUGAAAGCGUUGCAUGUGUAGGUCCCCAGGCCACCCCUCAAAUAAUUUCACACAUAACACGUAAUUUUAGUUUUGGUUUUUGGGCACUAUUUUGGCCACAACUUUAUUAAAAUACAAAAUCAGUGAGUGGUUGUUUAGAAUUGGUUAUGACUAUCUGUCCCCCCGCCUGGGACAGAACUGAUAUACCGAGGUCCGAUCGGAAGCCAGUAGAAGGGAAAGUCAAAAUUGGGGAUCAUUUGAGCUAAGCGUCAGAUCCACGCCGCUCACCCCAGCAGCUCCCCAAGGCUUGCCAGCCCUGGUCCCAUGACAGGGAUUGGACGAAAUCGUGGCAAGCCCCAGGAUUCCUCUAACGGAAUUCCCUUCAGCACAAUAGGAGGGGCAGGCACAGCCUAUCCUGACCCCUCCACCACCAGCAUUUUAUAACCAAUGCCUAACCGCAACCUUACAAGUUGUGACGAAUUGCUAAGUAGUAGGCAUAAACCAAAUGGCACAGCCAAUCAGCCAAAUGGCAAAAUUCCUACUAGGCCCCUGCACCAAGGCAGACGACCCCAUGACAGGCAGAGCAAGGUCAACCGGAAAAGAGGAUGGGCGGGCGGGUGAUCCGAUGCACUCUGCAAAAGAGAAAGAGAAACCAGAGUGCCCCAAUAUUUAAAGACUAUGGUCCCACCCACCCAAUUUGCAACAUACAAUUUGCCCCAGCAACCCGGUUAUCCAAUCAAAGUACCAGGCAACAACCAUUAACCUGCCUGGCAACAAAUAGGGCUGACCCGGCGGCCCACAACGCAACACGCGCUCUCAUUUAUGGAGAACGCGCCUUCCCCAAACAACUAGCUUAUUGCAGUUCUGCACACAUUUCUUUUUUCACUCUGCAUUGGAAUAUCUUACAUAUUCCAGUCUUAAUUUCCUUCUGUAUUAGUGUUGCUGUUCACUCACUCGCUUUUGUGUUGCAGGUCAGUGGUGAACAAGGAUACUUGGCUUAUCAGCGCAAAACAGGACCUUUUCCUGUACCAGACAUUCUCAGGUAUAUUGCCCUGCCGUCUUUCAUUGAAGAGGAUUCUGGAAUUAAUCCCACUGCCAGUUCAGUCUACAAAUCUGCUGUAAUUAUUUGUGUAGAAAAGGAUAAUGAAACAGAAGAAGCAGGGGAGACAGGGGUAGCUUCACUCACUCUCGACUCUGUCCUUGCUCAUUUUUGGUUCUGGGCCUCCUACCCAGUUUUUACUCCAGAUCUCCCUUUCCCCGUUGCUGGUAUGCCGCUCCUGACAGAUUAUCCCUGAGAAAAUUGGUCUUUCAGCUGAAAAAUGGUUGCCCAUCUGUGCCCUAACCGCAUUCAGCACUAACCACACUUCUGUGAUUAGCUGAAAAUGAAAGCAAAAGUUAGAUUUCCCUCCUGCUGGAGAAGAAGAGAGGAGAAGGAGAGCACAAACCUUUUGUGGAGCAUGAAACUGAGGGUUUGUGUUAUGAUUAAAACACUGUGUGCUUGUGUGUGUUUGUAUCUGCUGGAGAAAGGGGGAUUAAUUUUUAGAUUGAGAUUUUAAACCUGAUCCCCAUUGUCCUGCAGCCCAAACCAUUAUUCUUUUAUUCACUUUACUCCUUUCCCAGUUAGUUUGAAUUUUGCAAAGCUCCCAGAACCUGCAGCUCAGAACAAAUGUGUCCAAUGUGAAUAAUUUCUUUUGAGCAUGGAUUGGGGUUGUUUUGGUGCAAGACAGAGUCUAUGUGAUAUAAAACCAGUACGUGGUUGUGCUAUUUUAUUUUAGCUAACCUACAUCGAAACGGAACUAAAUUUCAAUUAUUUCACUUCCUCUGCAGAAAUAUUUUCAGUGUCUCCAGCUGGAGGGAGCCUGGGUGGUGGAACCGAUCUCACCAUCACAGGAGACUUCUUUGAUACACCUGUGCAGGUCACAGUUGCAGGUAAUAAUGUUGAAAUCAGUCUUCAUGUUUCUGGAAAUGUUAAUUUCUCUGGAGGUGUAUCACAACAUGUGUUCAUUUCCUUUGAAGCAUGUGGUAGGUACGUCCGUGCUGGUGAUCCUUUAAGAAGCUUGGACUGGCAUUUUGCGCUGAAGCGAUAUCCUUCUCAUUCAUGUUUCUCUUCCCACCCUCCAGGCAGUCCCUGCCAAAUUAAGCAUGUUAUUCCACGAAAGAUAGUCUGUACAACUGGAGCCGUUGGUGUGCACAGAAGACUCAAUGGCCCUAAACCAGGUGCACUUUUAUUGUGGCGCGUCCAAGUGGUAGCUUCCCUCACAAUUGGUUUGAUGUUUCAGCAUUAG